UAAUAAUAAAAGAAAAUGUAGGUGCUUAUAGUGAGUCCUGGUUACACUGUCACUGUUGUGAUGGUGGCCUGUUCAAGACACAUGCUUAUAAGCUUUCUUAUUUCGUCUUUAUAUCAUUGUUGUGUGUAUAGUUAGCAGUUGAAAUUUGAGGCUAGAAAUUUCCCAUGUCUGUGGAUUUUACACAUUAGGAUUUUGUGGUAAUUGAAAUAGUGAAGACAGGGGUUUCCUUUAGUGCAUCAUCCUUACAAAGAAAUGGCGGGCUUAAGAUGUUCACGGAACAAACAAGCUUACCUGCAAGGUGUUAGAAGAUUCUAAAAAUGCUUUCUAAGAAUUUCAAAUCUUAUGAAAGACCUAUAUUUAAAUUUUCAAAAAAGUGUCUAUGUUUGAGAGAGAGAGAAACCAAGCACAAGCGAGGGAAGGGCGGAGAUAGAGGGAGACACAGAAUCUGAAGCAGGCUCCCCGCUGUCAGUGCAGAGCCCGACGCGGGGCUGGAACUCCUGGACCGCGAGAUCAUGAGCAGAGCUGAAGUUGGACAGUUAACUGACUCAGCCACCCCGGUGCCCCAAGACCUGUAUUUUCAUAAACAAUGAAUACUUUUAGUUCUUCUGUUUACUCACUAACAUGGGAACUCUAAGAACCUCAAGUAUAGGCAACGCUUUACCUGCUUUAAGUCAUGUGUGAAGCCUCCUGUAUGCCAUUGACCUUCUCAGGCAGCUGCUUUUGUAAUGCCUGCUCCUGACUCCCCUCUACACUUUCCUGCUCUGCCUCUUUCCUCCGUGUAAGCACAGGGCAUGCUACCGAUUUGCACUUUUUGUCCAUUUAGUGGACAACUUUGACGUUACUUCUAAAACCUGCACUUAUCCUUGCGAUCCGAAAUGGCUUCUGUGGAGGCUCCGGGCAGCAAGUGCCCCGCAGGGUCAGCUAACAGUGAUCAGGCUGCAACCUCCCGCCAUCCUGCAUUCUCUGAGCUGACCCUGGGCAGGUGUGGCUGCCCUGGAGACCUUGAAUAAGCUGGGAGGAAAAGGGAAACGUUGGAAACUAUUUAAGAAAGAUAUCCUCUGAUUUCACUCACAUGCGGAAUUUGAGAAACACAACAGAUGAACAUAGGGGAAGGGGAAGGAAAAAUAAGAUAAAAACGGAGAGGGAGGCAAAAUAAGAGACUCUGAAAUCCAGAGAACAAACUGAGGGUUGCUGGAGGGGAGGCGGGUGGGGGGAUGGGCUAAGCUAAGUGGGUGAUGGGCAUUAAGGAGGGCACUUGUUGGAAUGAGCACUGGGUGUCAUAUGUGAGAGAUGAAUCACUGGGCUCUACUCCUGAAACCAUUAUUAUGCUGUAUGUUAACUAACUUGGAUUUAAGUUAAAAAAAAAAAAUGCUUGUCCCUGGGAGAAACACCUCUGAACAUAGUGUUAUAAGCCUAUAGUGACCCUUGAAGCUGACCUCCCUGGUCAGCAGGUUCUGAAGGGCGGUGCUGGAUACAAGGAAAAUGGGGGGGAGGUUGGAAAAACCCAGCUCCGUCCAUUACUGUGAGUCUCCUUGGAAGGUUUCGUGAAGGAGGCUGGGGCAUCCAAAUCACAUCCCCGUGCCCCACCCCAUGGGGCUCAUUAAGUUCUAAGAAGGUGAGCAAAACUGAUUUAAUAUAGAGCCUGUUUCAGCUAGCAGAGUAGUUUUAGGUUAAUUCUGCUUAGUGGCGGAGUUGUGUUUUUAUGUGCGUUUUAAGUAUUUUCCCAGUACCGUGGGGUUCUUCAGAGAAUUUACGUGCAUUGUGCAUUCGUACCCGUUUUAUGGGAUUUAGGAGCAUUAUUUUAUAUUUUAAAUUAUUACCGUGAGUUAUGGUUGUUACGUUUGCUUCUCACGCUGCGUUGCUGCUGGUAUCGGGGUUUAUUUGGUGCCGAUUUCCUAGUCAGGAAUGGAUGCCCGCCUAGUAAGCCUGGUACCGUGGGCAGACCAGCCUGGUUUACAUCCCUUCACCCUGCGGCAGGGGCCACAGAAGAGCUUCGGGGAGUGGGUGCCCUCCCUCCUUAAAAAUUAAAACGGAACUUCUUCACCUGUCUCUUUGCUCCCCCUCCCGCUGCUAGGAAACAACCAUAAAAAGCAGUCUGAGUUGUGGAUCCGGUUGUCAAGUCCUUGCUUUGGUGAUGCCUGGGUGACUCUUGAGUUCCCAUUCUGAAGAUUCUCUCUUGCUGAUUUUAAAUCCCAAGCAGGCUUGUUGCAUGAAGCCUCAAGCCGGUGAGCAGACAGAUAGGUGAGCUCUCCUUCAUGUGGUUGCAGUGUUUGAAUGCUUAAUUGCUAAAGUAUUCCCUGACGGAGCGUUUCACAAGUUCACAUAAGUCUGCCAUCCCCUCAUCUUCACUUUUAAGCGACUGAACGGAGGAGUCAUUUGGGGACAAGCUCCUGAGCCCCUGUUGUUUGUUUCUGGGUUUUGCUUUUUUUUUUUUUUUAAAUGUCCCUGAUGAUUUGCCGUAACACAUUCGUGAGUUCCAGAGGUUACAGACCAUCUCCCCAUGGCCUUGCUGAGCUGUGGGAACACAGGAGCCGGUCGUGGGAAAGCCGGAGCUGGGGCUGGAGAAGGUCACACGCUCGAAGGGCGUCCCUGGUGUCAGUAGGAAGUCGUGAACGGUCAACUGAAGGAAAGAACAUGGCACUCCAGGUGCAUAAAGGACUGCUGUGACAAAGUACAAGGAACUGAGUGGCUUAAAACAACAGUAAUUUUUUGUCUGACAGCUCUGGAGGCUGGGAGUCUGAAUUCAAGGUGAGAGCCGGGCAACGCUCCCCUGAAACCUAUAGGGGAGGACGACGCCUUGCCUUUUCCAGCUCCUGAUGUUGCUGGCAACCCUUGGCUCGUAGAUGCAUCUCAUCUCAUGCCUGUGUCAUCACAGGACCCUCUUUCCUCAGGUGUCUCUUCUCCUCUUGCCGAGCACACCAGUGGUGUUGGAUUCAAGGCCCUCUCAUCAACAUGACCUCAUCUUACCGAAUGACAUGUGCAGCAGCCCUAAUUCCCAGCAAGGCCACAUUCUGAGAAAUGAACACGCCUGAGCAUGCCCUGUGCCUGUGAGCUACCUGAUCUCACGACUUUGGCAAGACGACAAGGAAGGCGUGGGGGUUCUGGACUCUGAGAACACGCUCCUUCCCCUUGGCCUUGGCCUUCCCGCGCCCAGCCCACCAUGGAGACGCUCUCCCAAGAUUCCUUGCUGGAAUGUCAGAUCUGUUUCAAUUACUACAGCCCCCGGCGAAGGCCCAAGUUGCUGGAUUGCAAACACACCUGCUGCUCGGUGUGCCUCCAGCAGAUGAGGACGAGCCAGAAGGACGUGAGGUGCCCCUGGUGCCGGGGCAUCACCAAGCUGCCCCCGGGCUUCUCCGUGUCGCAGCUGCCCGACGACCCCGAGGUCCUCGCGGUCAUCGCCAUCCCGCACGCGUCCGAGCACACCCCGGUCUUCAUCAAACUUCCCAGCAAUGGGUGCUACAUGCUGCCCCUGCCCAUCGCCAAGGAGCGAGCGCUGCUGCCCGGAGACAUGGGCUGCCGCCUGCUGCCCGGGAGCCAGCAGAAGUCCGUCACCGUGGUGACCAUCCCGGCAGAACAGCAGCCCCUGCAAGGCGGGGCUCCCCAGGAGGCGGCGGAGGAGGAGCCGGACCGGCGGGGCGUGGUGAAAAGCUCCACCUGGUCCGGGGUGUGCACUGUGAUCCUGGUGGCCUGCGUCCUCGUCUUCCUUCUGGGCAUCGUGCUGCACAACAUGUCUUGCAUUUCUAAGCGCUUCACUGUGAUAUCCUGUGGCUGAACGGGGCUGCAAGGGAAGGAAGUCUCUCGUGGGUGCCAACUGGGGGUUGAGCAGGUGUUGGUGAUGGGGUCGCAGUGAGGAGAUGGGGGGACGACGCUGAUCGUUUGGUGCCGAGCGCUGGCCUCUGGGCCUGCCGCUUGAUGAACCGCAGACAGACACGAAGGGUAGAUGCGAGGUCUCAACGACACGCCAGGCAAAUCAUUCUGAGCAUUGGCGGCAACAGCUUCGAAGACGAUUGCAUGCAUCCUCAUAAUCGUUUAUUAAAUGGACUGUAAUUUAUGAUUUUUCAAAAUCAUGUUACAAGAUAGACAGACGUAUUCUACUUAGACGUUAAACCGUGCAAGUGCAUACAAUGUGAUCUUCUCUAAAUGUGGUAGAUUAAAACCAAGAUGCUAUGUAUACAGUAGAAUUAAACCUGAGAAUCCAUGUAAAAAUCCAGCGGCAACAUGCAGCGCCGGUUUCUUUCCCCUUUUUAACAGAAACCCAGCCUUCCUUCAGUUGCUAAGGCUUUUUAUACUUUUGGAACGGCACCCACAUUAAAAUAAGUGAAGUGGACAGUCGUUUUUCGAAGAAAAUGUCUGAACAAGUGUUGCCAGCGUGUUGUGUUUUGUUACGUACCUUCAGUUUCCUUCCCUUGUAAUUAGAGCUCGCUAUGUGUUUAUUAAACGGAAAGCCCAACAGGGGAGCAAUAAACUGAGUAAUCAUGAGAAAUGCCUAAUCCCACAGGAACCCUGUAUGCCAAUUUUUCUCAAGCCAUCUCACGAAAUAAGGAUUUUAAAUGUAAAUAUUGCGUAUUUGUGUGUGUGCGUGUGUGUGUCGUUUGAUUUACCUCAGGUUUUGAAUCCUUUCAGAAGAAUCCCGGGAGUAAGACUUUGUGGGCCUGAGUCCAGGGUCUGAAACGGUGGCCCCCUCUUGAGCACCGGGACCCACACAGUGAAGUGUUACUCGCAUGUCACUUCCAACGUUUGAUCCUCUUCUAUGCAUUCAAGUCCUGUAUCCUGUGAGGCACGAAUGGCGAGUAACAGAAGGGAUUCUGUCUCUUCUCCUGAUUUGGAGGUAUUGUAAUAGAUACGAGUGUUGUCCAUCGAUGCCAAACCUAGACUGGCAUUUUAACAGACGGUCCAUGAUUACUUUUUGAAAGAUACUAUUCCAUGAGAGCUAAACCAUUUAGAAUUCCGGUGUCCUCUUGCUGGUGUCAGUGAGAAAAUCUCUUGUAUUUCAACAUAUGUUGUUAUUGAGAAAAGUGACAAGGUCAACUAACAACUCACAUUCCCAAUUUCAGUGGACCAGUUCCAUCAGAAGUUCUCAAAUAUUUUUCAGUGUGUAGUGGUCUAUAGAUGCUCAUGAAGAAAGAUCUACUGGCAUCAAAGGGUAAAUUCCUGUACCUGGAUGUGUGUGCGUUCAGAAAUAGCUAUGAGUUUGACAAUUCUCUUCUAAUUUCUUUUAUGGAAUUCAUAAAGCAAGUGUAUUUGAAAGCUCAAAGUAGAAAUUAGGUUAAAAUGCCAUUUUAUUGUGUAAGCUAUUGGGCAUUAUACAACAAAUAAUCUAGGAUUUAUUUGGUAUUAAUAAUUUAGGUAUCAUAUUAGCUAAAUACUGUCCUCUAUUACGUAACAUAAUAUACUGUUGGGUUAGUGUCAAUUUCUCAAACUCUUCCAGGCUGCCAUAAUGCAUGUCUGACCUAAUUUCUAUUCCUCUUGGAGAAAAAAAAAAAAAAAGAAAGAAAGAAAAAACACACCAAAAUGUCGCAUUAAGAAUGCUACAUUUCAAAUGGGCUUUUACCCUUGCAAUUUUCAGCCAGGCCAUAUUUAAGUUAAUUUUUUGAAUGAUAAUCUACAUCUGUUUAUGUACAGUAGGAAGUGACUGGCCCUGUAGUGUAGCGUGUCCUAGAGUUCUACGUGUUAAGUAGGUUAUAUAUAGACACUAAUGUGUGUGAUGAUACAGCGCCCUGUGUUUCUUAGUGCAAAGCUGUAGAAUAAAAAUGUCCACGUAACUUAAAAAACAAUCUCAUGCUAGAGCUGCCGUGAAGCAGUGCAAAAUUAAUCGGCUCUGUGAUAGAUUCUUGACUUUACAGUUUAAGGUAGCAAGAACACCUAAACGAGAAUUUUUUGUGUGAGUCUUACUGACAUGAGAAAUCCUGUUUAAAUGGAUUCUGCCUGCAGUUAUUCAUGCACCGCUCGUUAAGGUGUGCAUUUGUGCACACGUGUGUGUGUGUGUGUGUGUGUGUGUGUGUGUGUGUGAUAUCUCAGCCUGCAGAUAAAGUUUUCCUAGACUUGAUGUUUUCAUGAUGGUUGACAUCCCACUGCUCUGGCCUCUUCCGACAUUUACCCACGACACUAACAACUCAUCUGCCCCCUGUGACAAAAGUCCAGUGACACAAUCAACCAGAAGUCACAGUUGCACAUCAAUGAAAAAGUCACAACCGAAAGCACAGAAAGUUGGAGCUGAAAGCAGCCUCUGCUGGCUUCAUUUUGUACAUGAGUCCGUUGAGGCCCACAGAGGCACAUGGCAGCUUGGAAUUCUGCAGCAAAGGGGAGUCGAGAACUUUGCACUGUAGUUCUCUCUUGCUCCUGCCUAGGCCAGUUGACAUCUCUGUUGGGCUAUGAUCUUUUUGAGGGUGGACGAAUACACUUUACUAACUCAGCUAUUGCUUUAGGGUUUUUUUUUUUUUUAAUAUAUAUAUUCAUUUUAGUUAGCAUCUACCUCUCUGGGAAAUGACAGGAGGGUUGAUUGAAGGAAGAGUAUAGACAUUUAAUAAAAACAAUGCGAUUUGAAGUUUUGAAAUUGCAAACCAUUGGUUCCCCUCCCCCUUCUUAUAUAAAGGACAAUGAGUGUUGUGUAAAUAGUAAACCUUAAGAAGCAUGAAUUUUCAUCUUUAUUAAUGAUCUUGACAUAAGCAAGAGAAUGCUUAAUAUGUUAAAUAGAGCCAAGUAUGCUAUCAAAACAGCAUUGUCUUUGGAAAAUUUUUGUGUAGUGACCUGGGGCAUAAGUUGUGAUGAAAAGGCAAAUUAGUUCUCAGUUCCGGUCAUAGUUUAUGAUUAGAAAGCUAAAAGGUAUUUUCUUUAAGAAUAUAAUUAAGUUUAAUCUUGCGCAUGACUUAAGAGUAGGUCCCUUGAAGGUUAAACCGUAUGCUGGUGCAGCCUUUGAGAUCUAGUCUGUUCAAUAGAACUUUCUCUGAUGAUGGAAAUGGUUUAUAACCUCUGCUGUCCAAGAUAGUAGCCACUAGCCACAUUGGCUAGUGGGCAGUUGGAAUGGGGGAGUACAACUGAGGAGCUGGCUUUUGUAUUUUAUUUAAUUUUAAGUUAUUUAAACAUAGUCACUCACAUAUGGCUGGUGGCUACCAUAGUGGACAGUGCAGUUCUGGAGGGGUGUGCACUGGGAUCUAGCAUCAGAGUGUUAAUAGAGUAACAGAGUAAGGCCAAGAAGACAUUUUGUGGUUUAGUAACAUGCAGUUGGUUGAAAAAUUCCUUUCUGGGCUUAAAAAGUAUAUGAUCUCAAGUAUGACAAUAAAAAUGUACUGAUCGCCCUUAGGGGUUGUUACUUACGUACGUUGGGCCAAAGAAUGAUCGGCGAAGCUUAAAGAGUGCUUUAUGAAGCCCCUUUUCUGGGAUCAUUAGCUGCAUGUGACUCUAUCGUCCCCAAAUAGUAGUUAGACAGUAGCUGUAAAAUGUUUGACUUGCAAGCUAUGCAUGACCUGUACUGUGAAACUGUGUUUAGGGUCUUAUGUCCAAAAAGUAAAUGUUACAGAUAAAAAAAAAAAAAAAAAGUCAAAUGAAAUUCCUCUUCACUUCUAUCAUCUAACUCAAACUUCUCACUGCAUUAGUAAGGUGUGAAAUGUAAGAGCAAGCACGUUUUGCAGUGUUCAUAGAGGGUUUUCGUUUGCCCUUGAAGUCUGCCAGCUUGUCAUUGUAUUUGGUGUGGGCAUGUGUGGGCAUCCUUUUUCAGGUGCCAGACUAAAACACAUAGGUACGAUUUUAGAAUGAGAUUUGACACUGUUUUAUAGUCUCUUUGGUUCUUCCUUUCAGUUAUCACUGGACAAAUUAAAAAUUUGCAGCCUUGCUCAAAGACUUUUAUUUUUGACAUUAAAAAACAUUGCCCAUGGAAUUUAAAGACUUGAGGGUUAUUAAAAUGACUAAAAUUGCUUUUUAAGUGAGUAGAGGAAAGCAGAAAAUUCCAUUAGAAAUACGUUUUCAUAGAAAGAUGAGAUUCUUCCUGAUAGUAUGGAAUUUAUUCCAGUCUAGAUUUCAUAAACAUCGCAUUUGUUUCGACUGAGCAGAAUCGGUGAAUUUUUUUUUUCCCUAGAACUCAUCCGUGGGCAUGACUGUUCUUUUUAGCUUGGUUUUUUUGCCAAAAUGGUAGUUUUUCUUUAGGCUUAAGAGGAACUUAGAGGUCUAAAGGCUAUUGGUAUGAGGAGUGAUAUCGAAAAGGUUUGAAUUUCUAUCUUAUCUGAGAAGAAUGCUGCUGCCGGCCAGUCAGUGUUUUCUUUCCACACAAGAAGUCACCAGUCAGUUGAUCUGUUGUCCUGGACCUGGAAGGAAAGACCGUUCCUUGCCAUUUCCAUCGUUACCAGUAAAACAUCACUUACAAGGUAACCCUUAUCAAAACAGAAGCUCCAAAGAAUUAAGUGAUCAAGAUCAUUCAGUAACUAUUGAAAAUAGUAGUCUAUUUCAAAAGCAAUGAAGAUCAGUUAAAUUUUAUUAAGCAUGAAAUACUUCUAAAAAAAAUAAGUGGCAAUUCAAGCCAUUGAUUUUUUUUUCUGACCUGAUUCACUGUAUAGAGAUAUAUAUAUCUAUAUCUGCACAUGUAGGUAUAGACAUAUAUGUAGAUACACACACAAUGUAGCUGUAAUAAGAGUUAAAAAAUCAAGUAAAAAUGUUAUUAGUCAUGUCUUCCCACUUGUGGGUUAUAUGAUGUCGAAUUUAGAUGUUAAUUUCUUAGCACAUGCUAUAGGCUGCAUACAUUAUAUCAAACCAACUACCUUUGGCAAUGUCUAUAGAAAUAAACCCAUGAGACUUUUCAAAUAUACAAAGAGGUGGGUUCUACUGUAUACAUUUUAUUGGAAAGCCAUUGAUGACUGAAGAACAUAAACAGGUGGGGCAUUUAAUUUCUGUCUUCCAAAUGGCUUGUUUUUUGGCUCUGCUCAAGCAUCAUGCGGGGAGUACCAUUAUUCCUGAACUCUUGCAACGUAGCUCCGAUUUCUCUGCACAAGUUUCCUUGCACAGUUGGGCCAAUGGGUUUUUCUUUUUUUUUCCUUUUUUUUUUUUUUUUUUUUUUUUUUUUCAGGAUUCACUGCCUGGGGUAUCCCACUAUGUAUCUCUCACUUGUGAUGUAGUGGUGCUUGAAAACACUCAUCUCGUUAGCUGGACUUUAUUAUUCUAGUCUAAGAUUUUUGAUACUAUUCAGAUUAUGAUCUUUUUAGGGACAAUCAGUAAUAUUUGGGGCAAAGUACAGAGGAGUCUCUCAAAGUCUGUGAUAGCAUGUAUUUGUUUUUCUGGGGGUGCUCUCAUAGCUGUCCCUGUUCUUCUAGAACACUGCUCUAAAUUCAUCACCACAGGAUGUAGGGCUAAUAGCUCAUGUGGAAGUUUUCUGUGUUCUUCCUGUGAGUUACUGGGUGAUUCUAACAAGAGUUUUCCAAAGGGACAUUCGAUUUUUGAUUUGACAUUUGCUUUUUGAGAAUCCAGAAGUAAGACAGUUGAAUGUGUUGGUGGUAAAGGAGCAUGGGCUACAAGAAGGAGGAAAUAGAUGAGGCAAAUGCCCCCAUGAGGGAAACAAGUGUCAACCUCAAUCUGUGUCAUCUCUAUUUAAACAGUGGGAGAACAGGGUAGCUGCUGUCUUACACUGUGCUUCAGAAAAGUCCUGGUCUGAUGUUUCUGGCUGAGAGACAACCCACCCACUGUGUGGGAGCAGUGGGGACGUGAUCUUGGAUCUAUAGCAAUAGAUGGGCAGAUCUGCCCAAGACGGUGAGAAAAUACUUGCAUAAAAGGAGGGAAGUCUAUAAUGGGAUUAUGGGUCCAAAACCAAAUAUAAAGGAGCUGAAGGUCCAUCAUGGCAGAAACCAGCUGAAGAAAAAAACACAAGGACAACUAGGAAUAACUUAGCCAAGCACAAUUUGUCAUUCUAGAAUGGCCUACCGAAUUCAGUUCAGGGUGUUGAAGUUGAAGACAUCUAGGGAAUGGGCUCAGCUGAUGAGCGGAUCCAAGGAGGACCCCUGGGUUGUCCACACACCGGUCAAUUUGAGAGCUUCCUCUUAGAGGUGGUUGCUGAAUCAUUACAAACUCUCACAAUGGCCUCUUCACAGUGGAAUGCCAUGCCUGUGCCUGUGGAUGUAUCCUGACUUGAGUAGGUUGAUACUAUUGGGAAGACUCGUUCGAGACUAUUUUGGUUUUUCUCCUGGUUGUUGUCAUUUAUUAUAUAUAUAGUUUCUAUACCACCACGUGUUCCUGUUUGCCUCACUUGACGGUUGCAGGUGGGGAGGCUGGUUUCAGCGUGGGGCAGAGGAACUCCCCGACGUAAGCCAUGCAGCUGCUGCACGGGGUUCCUGCCCUUCUUCCAGCUCCACUGGUGGGUUCCCUGGCCCUCUGGAUAACUAAUACUCCAGUCAAAUGGCUAGAUUAAUGCUGCUCAGAGGCUAACUCAAGUCCUUGACGUGUUUCAUUUACAAUUAUGUGGAUUAUUUAUUUUGGGAGCUUUUCUUUUAAAGGGCCAAAUAGCCCUGCAGAUAAAUGAGCUGCUGGGCUGCGUAGAAAAUAUUGUUCAAAUGUUGCCAAAUAAUUGACUUUGGAAGGGGGAUAUCAAGCUGCUGUUUAUAAAUCUGAAUGUCUUAAAAGCACUCUUGCUUGCUCUCUCUGUUGUAGAUGGUGUCUUAGCAAGUCCUGAGGUUUUCCAA